AUGCAGCCCGCCGCCGCUGCCACUCGUGGCCCUCGUCGCAACAAGACCCCCCAGCGCCAGACCACCUCCAUCAUCCUCCACUUUGACUGCUUCUACGCAAGCGUCUUUGAACACGAAAACCCGGCCUUGAAAUCUGUCCCUCUGGCCGUGCAGCAGAAGCAAAUCCUCGUCACCUGCAAUUACGAGGCCCGCUCCCGAGGUCUGCACAAACUGCAGCUGAUUCACGAAGCCCAAAAAGCCUGUCCGGAUCUGGUCAUUGUCCUCGGAGAAGACCUGACCCGUUUUCGUGAUGCCUCCAAGCUCCUCUAUGCCUUUCUGCGCUCCUUUUCUUGGAACAAGCGUUGCCAGAGGCUGGGUUUCGACGAGGUCUUCUUGGACGUCACCGACAUGAUCGAGCACAACGUGUCCAUCCUCAAUGUCAAUGACCUCAGCAACUCCUUCUUCUGUCUUGCCAAGCAUGACCCCACAGUCGGCUUCCCUUACGAUGCAACACGCCUGACUGGCCAUUUGUAUCCCGAAUCGGUGAAUGAUGAUGGCUUAGAUCCUCUGCUUCUCCGAUUGGCCCUGGCUAGCCAUCUGGCGCACCAUUUGCGGACGAGGCUCGAAUCCCACAUGGGCUAUACUGCCACUGUUGGUGUUUCGACAAACAAGCUACUGUCAAAGCUUGUCGGUAACACGCACAAGCCCAACGCUCAAACAACCCUGGUCCCACCCUACGUUUCCGACGGGGACAGUCAAACUUUGGAUAAUGUGACACGCUUCCUUGACGCGCACGAAGUGGGCAAAGUUCCUGGAAUAGGCUUCAAAACGGCCCAGAAGCUUCGCGCGCACGUGCUGCAGCGCCCAGCAAGUUUCGACGCCGGCUUGGUAUACGGAGCCACCCAAGAACAUGUUUCUGUGCGUGAUGUGAGGAUGCACCCGGCCAUGGGUCCAGACAUGCUCGACAGACUCUUGCAUGGCCCCGGUGUGCCCCAAGGUACCGGAGCCAGAAUAUGGAGUCUACUCAACGGCUGCGAUGAAACCAAAGUCGAACAAGCCCGCGAGACUCCACGGCAGAUUAGUAUAGAAGAUAGCUAUCUGCGUUUGACCACGUUAGAUGCGGCAGUCAAAGAGCUGCGUGUGCUUGCCAAGAGACUGAUUGAGAGAAUGCACACGGACCUGCUUGAUGAGGACCAAGAUCAUGUCCAAGACCAAGAUGCAUCUUCAGUCCCUUCAGAAACUGCAAAGCGAUGGUUGGCUCACCCAAGAACCAUUCGUCUAUCCACAAGACCUCGCCCGCCUCAAAACCCAGAUGGCGGUCGAAACCGGACCUUUGCGCGCAUCUCCAGGUCUGCUCCCAUGCCUAGCUUUGUAUUUAGCCUCAAAGACGACAUUGCCUCGGUGACUGAAAAGCUACUUUGCGAGACACUUGUUCCGCUGUUUCGGCGACUGCACCCCGACAAGGGUGGUUGGAACCUCAGUUUGCUGAAUGUCGCUGCUACCAACAUGGCUGAUGCUGCGAGCGACAAAGGCGGCGUUGGAAGAGAUAUCAGCAAAAUGUUCAAGCGUCAAGACGAGGCCCUGCGCCAACGGAGGGUCGAGGAACCGCCAGCCGCUGUUAUGGAAUCGAUGCAAAACAUUAUUACAGGGGAUGGUUCGGGCGACAAGCCUGACGUGGACGUCUUGAGUGACAAGAUUGCUGCAGCGUUCGGUUCCGAAGACGUGCCGACGCCUUCUCAGGAGGUCGAUACUUCGGCUGCCGAUGCAUGCAAGAUGCAGUACGAGAGUACUAGUAUCACUGACAGGGAUUCAUUCAAUUGCAGCGAGUGUGGUGCUUUGAUGCCGUUAUUUGCCAUGGGAGCCCAUUACCGUUGGCAUGCACAGAGAUAGUCCGAGAAAUAAGCACCAAUAAG